GGGAACCCUAAAUAAACUUUCGGCACAGCUCCUGUUUACGUUUGCAAAUGCUUCUGAAGUGUAUGCCUCCACGAGGCGCUCAUCAUGCUUGCAGGUCUCAUUCUGCCCCUGAGCCAGUGGGCAUCUGUGAUUUGAGAAGACUGCCUCGCAGCAGCGAUGGCGGCAAUUCAUCUGUUAAGGGCCGCGGCGCGGCAGCUGCUCAAUGCAAAGCGGCUGCCACCCUGGAAACCCUUGGCGCCUGCCUCAUCAAAUGCCACCACUACUUUCAAAACACUCUUUGAUUAUGGUCCCCAUGCAACGGCGCGAGCCCGCUUCUCCCAGCUUGUGUUUGGCAGAUCUUACUCGAGCGUUGCAGCUGCGGUCCCGGAAGCAGAUGACCAGUCGGGCAGCGAAAGCGCCAGCGUGCGGGGGCCGGAGGGCAUCCGGUGCUUUGCAAUCAUCGCGCACGUCGACCAUGGCAAGACGACGCUGCUGGACCAGCUGCUGAAGCAGGUCGGGGACUCACUGACCACGGAGCGCGUUAUGGACAGCAUGUCGCUGGAGAAGGAGCGAGGGAUCACCAUUGCCGCCAAGUACACAUCUCUUCCGUACAAGGGCUACACACUGAACGCUGUCGACACGCCUGGCCACGCUGACUUUGGCGGUGAGGUGGAGCGCGUGCUGGACAUGGUGGACGGCGCGGUCCUGCUGGUGGACGCCACGGAGGGGCCCCUUGCGCAGACCAAGUUUGUGCUCUCCAAGGCGCUGCGCCGCGGCCUGCGGCCCCUCGUGCUCUUCAACAAGGUCGACCGCCCCACCGUUACUGCGCAGCGGUGCAGCGAGGUGGAGAGCGAGCUAUUCGAUCUGUUUGCGCUGCUGGGCGCCACGGACGAACAGCUGGACUUCCCGGUGCUGUACGCGUCUGCCAAGGAGGGCUGGGUCACCGCGCGCCUGCCGUCCGCCGCCGACCCGCUGCGCCCCGAGGAGCGCGUCAUGGACCCGCUGCUGGACAGCAUCCUGCAAAACGUGCCCCCACCGGCAGGGGACCCGGGGGGGCCCUUCAAGAUGCUGGUGAGCAUGACGGAACGGGAUCCCUUCCUAGGCCGCAUUCUGACCGGCCGGAUUGCCUCGGGCCGCGUGCGUGUGAACGACCGUGUUCAUGCGCUGGCGCUCAAGGGCGACGGCAGCCCACACGACGACGGGCGCGUCACCAAGAUCCUGAAGCGCCUGGGGGGGCUCGGGCGGGUCACCAUGACGGAAGCAGGCGCGGGGGAUAUUGUCAGCAUAGCGGGGCUGGAGCGAGCCGGGGUCACGGACACAGUUGCGGCGGUAGAGGUUAACGAAGCAUUGCCAGCGACGCCGAUUGACGUGCCGACAAUUAAGAUGGUGAUGGGGGUGAAUGACUCCCCGUUGGGUGGCCGGGACGGGACACACGUGACGGGGAGUAAGAUUGGAGAGCGGCUGAUGUCGGAGGCGGAGAACAACGUGAGUAUCGUGGUGAGCGCGAUCGAGGGCGGCGCGGAGUCGUACGAGGUGCAGGGCCGCGGGGAGCUGCAGCUGGGGGUGCUCAUCGAGACCAUGCGCCGGGAGGGCUUCGAAAUGUCCAUCUCACCACCCGCAGUGCUGUUGCAGACGGGCGAGCGCGGCGAGAAGCUGGAGCCGAUUGAGGAGGUGGUGGUGGAGGUGGACGUGCCGUACAUGGGGAUGGUCAUCGAGGCGCUGACGCUGCGCAAGGGCGAGCUGGAGGAGAUGCUGCCCGACGGCGCGGGGCCCGGCCGCGCGCGCCUCGUGUUCACGUGCCCCUCGCGCGGCCUGCUCGGCUACCGCUCCGUCUUCACCACCGACACGCACGGCACCGGCGUCAUGCACCGCGCCUUCCGCGAGUACGGCCCGUGGCGCGGCGGUCUGGACCGCGUGCGCAAGGGCGCGCUGGUGUCCAUGGCGCAGGGGCCCUCUACCGCGCACGCGCUCGGCAGCCUCGAGAGCCGCGGCGUGCUCUUCAUCGCGCCGCAGGAAGACUGCUACGACGGUAUGAUCAUUGGCGAGCACAGCCGCGGCGAGGACCUGGAGGUGAACCCGGUGCGCGCCAAGCAGCUGAGCAACAUGCGCGCGAGCGGCACCGACGAGAAGGUACGCCUGCAGCCGCCGCGCGCCAUGACGCUCGAGGAGGCCAUCGGAUACGUCGCGGCAGACGAGCUCAUCGAGGUUACACCGAAGUCAGUGCGAUUACGGAAGAAGUAUCUGAACUCAAGUCAGCGGAAAAACAGCAAACGAAGGGAAUCGAGUUGAGUGUGUUCGAUGGUCAAAUUAAGCUCGAUAGAGGUUUCUUUUGCACGGUCGCGUGCCAUUCUUUUGUUGCAGCAAAGUGUACAAUAUUGCAGAAGCAUUGGGAGAAUUGCAUUACGGGCAGACGCCGGUUCGAUAACAAGGUGCCGCAGGAGCUUCUUGAAGCGCUACCACUUACGCCCGCCGUCUAUGGACGGUAUGUGGCCCACCGAAUCCGACACAUCCGGUAAAGGAGCGAUAUUGGGGCUACAGGUCCGGAAUUUCAAUAAUCGGCUUGAAGUCGGGCCGUGGGCCGUGGAUAAUCAAAAAUCCUAUAUAAACCUUUGACUUUGUCAACUUCACCCGCAUGACUCGAAAGUCAGGGUGUACGCAUAAUAUGAUGUUCAGAGUUGGAG